CCAUCUCAAGCUAGCUCUAUAUAAACCAACAAACCCCUCAUCCAUUUCUCUCAUCCCAAUCUACAAAUAACAAACAAAAACCCAUACCAAUCAAUGUCCACCAUUAUAACUAACUUGUUUCUUCUUUUCACAUUCACAUUCCUCUCUCAAACUACACCCUCUCUCUCCAAAAGAUGCCAUCCAGAAGAUGAAAGAAUCCUCCUCCAAAUCAAAAAGGAAUUCAACAAUCCAUCUCUUCUCUCCUCAUGGAAACCAAACACCGACUGUUGCAACUUCAACUGGUACGGCGUUGGUUGUUCUGCCUUAAUCAACGAACGUGUCGGUUAUCUCAGUAUCUCAAAUGACACAAACCUUUCUUCUCAAUUUCCUCCAUCCAUCGCUAACUUACCUUUCUUAGAGGCACUAUUUAUCUUCGAUUUACCAAAUCUCACUGGACCAAUUCCACAGUCUAUAACCAAACUCACCAAACUCAAAUACCUCACAAUAAGCUCAACCGGCGUAACAGGUCCAAUACCGAAUUUCACAGACCAGUUUACAAACCUAGUAAACUUGGAUCUUUCGCAUAAUAACCUCUUUGGAACACUCCCAACUUCACUAUACAAAUUACCUAGUCUUUCUGGUGUUCUCUUUAACAACAACAAUUUAACAGGUACAAUCCCUACAACGUAUGGUUACUUCAAUAACAGCAACGUGGCUUCUUUGGAUCUCUCUUACAACAAACUCUCGGGGAAACUUCCUAUUUCACUGGCCAUGUUGGAUAUUUACGUUCUUGAAUUGGCUUAUAAUAAGUUUGAAGGUGAUGCUUCUAUGCUUUUUGGUUCCAACAAAAAGACAUUGGUAGUAGACAUUUCGGGGAACCGUUUUGCUUUUGAUUUUGGAAGAGUUGAGUUGUCUCAAACCAUAACAACGUUGGAUGUGAGUCACAAUAAGAUCUAUGGUAACUUUCCUAUGGCAAUGGAAAAUGUAACGUUUUUGAAUGUGAGCUAUAAUAGGCUAUGUGGUGAGAUUCCAAAGGUUGGAUAUUUCAAAACUUUUGAUGUUUCUUCAUUUGUUCAUAACAAGUGUUUAUGUGGAUCUCCUCUUCCCAGCUGCAAGUAAUCAUUCAUUAGCAGUCUGCACUAAAUUGAUCAUAACUGGAGCUUCGGGAAUCGGAUCGACGCGUUCUAAUAAUCGCCGGAAAGCUAAGAGAAAGAGCUACAACUUUCGUGUUGGAGUCAAAGUCAGAUUCGGAGCGCAUAUUUUCCAGAAUUUCGUUUGAAGCUGCAGCAUUAGUUUUAUUUAGUUUUGGAUCAUUAGUUUAUGGGCUUGGGUUAUGUUUUUGACCCAGUUUGAGUUAGUAGAGAAGAAAACCUUAUUUUGUUUUAUAAGGGUUGGCAGCCGCUAGAAUAGGGGAGACCUUUUUUGCCACAAAUUUCACUUUUGGUUUCAUGAUUAGAAUGAAGAACUAAUUCCCGAAGGCAAAUCCUGCUGCUUAUGGGUUCCAUUGCUUUGAGGUUAUUCUAAUACUAAUUUAAAUUCGAUUUCUGUUCAA